UCAGUUAUGAAUGGCUUCAAGAGGUCAUACAAACUGGACUCUUAUAACGGCUCCACAUACCUGUCCCCUAACAACGUGGUUGUGCCCCCGUCUGUGGACUGGCGUACGAAGGGUUAUGUGACCGAAGUUAAGAACCAGGGUCAGUGCGGCAGUUGUUGGGCGUUUAGUGCCACUGGUGCACUGGAAGGCCAGCACUACCGCAAACUGGGUUUUAUGACAUCCCUGUCCGAACAGAAUCUGAUCGACUGUUCCCACAUUUACGGUAACAAUGGCUGUGAGGGGGGGACUGCCGCCGGCGCCUUCGCAUAUAUUAAUGGGAAUCAAGGCAUUGACACCGAAAACGCCUACCCCUACGAGGCUAAGGACCGCAAAUGUCGAUACAAAUCGCGAGACAUCGGCGCCACUGACUCUGGGUUUGUGGAGAUCUUCCCGAUCGGCAGUGAGGAGAAGUUGAUGGAGGCGGUGGCGACUGUGGGCCCGGUGUCUGUCGCUAUCGACGCCUCCCUCAAGAGUUUCCAGUUCUACUCCCAAGGGGUUUAUGACGAACAGGAGUGUAGUUCCGUGCAGUUAGACCACGAGGUGCUUGUGGUGGGCUAUGGCACCACUGCCGACACCAAAGAGGACUAUUGGAUUGUGAAGAACUCGUGGGGCACCCAAUGGGGUGACGGCGGGUAUAUCAAGAUGUCCCGCAAUAAGAGCAAUCAGUGCGGUAUCGCCACCUUCCCCUCCUAUCCCUUGGUGUAGGUACCUGUCCACCAGUGAACAUCGACUUUUAAUUUAAGAUAUAAAUAGUUUGAUACC